AUGAGGUACAUCGCUCUCGCCGCUCUGUUCGCCCUCGCCAAGGCCAUCCCCACCCCUCAGGAUGGCGUUGCGCCUGGCGAGCCCGCGCCCUCCGGCGAGCCCGUCCCGCUCCCCACUCCGCUCCCGACUGUGGCGCUCCACCCGAACGGCAACGCGGGCAAAUGCAUCGACGUGAGCGGCGGCAACAUCGCCCCCGGCACCGUCGUGCAGAUCUACGACUGCAAUGGAACGGCUGCACAGAAGUUCAGCCUCGCCCGCGGCGACGGCAAGGUGUUCGUGACCGGCACCAACUACUGCCUGCAGGCGGACGGCAACUGGAACGGCGCGCGCGUCAGAAUCCAGCGCUGCGACAAGUCCCUGCGCCAGAAUUGGUAUUAUACCGACGACGACCGCAUCGCCGUCACGGGUCAGGGGCUCUGCCUCGACCUCACGGACGGCUCGGACCAGAACGGCAACGGACUCCAGGUCUGGCAGUGUGGUGAUGGCAACACUAACCAGGUUUGGACGACGAAUGUGCUUUUCGCCUAA